AUGACCAAGAAAAGAAGAAAUGGCGGCCGCAACAAGAAGGGACGUGGCCAUGUCACCUUCAUGCGAUGCUCCAACUGCUCGCGCUGUGUCGCAAAGGAUAAGGCCAUCAAGAGGUUCACUGUGAGGAACAUGGUUGAGAGCGCCGCUGUUCGAGAUAUCAGCGAGGCCAGCGUCUACACUGAAUACGCCAUCCCCAAAUUGUACAUCAAAAUCGCAUACUGCGUCUCAUGCGCUAUCCACUCGCAUGUCGUCCGUGUGCGCUCGCGCGAGGGACGUCGCAACCGUGCCCCUCCCCCCCGUGUCCGCUGGAAGGAUGGCAAGAAGGUCAACCCUGCUGUUGCUGCUGCUGAGGAUGCCAAGGCCGCCACCGCUACAAAGGCCUAA